AGUCAAGCCCCCCGUCCAUAAUCUUGGACAAAAAAAUAUUAAGAAAUAGAAUCAAAAGCUGUCAAAAUUCCAUCGACAAGCUCCAUUACCGCCCCUUCCCACGUCUCUUGCACUCUCUAUGCACCUAUAUAUAGACGACUCCGAUCGUGUGCUUUCCUAUGAAGUCUCAAGGUUUUGUUUGAAGUCUUACCCGUGUAGAAAGAAACGGGAAAUCAAAUGAAGACUAAGAGCAGCGCCAAGGUUUCUGCAAAAUGGAUUCCCAUUUUCUCCAUCUGUUUCUUCUUCCUUGGCAUGAUGUUCACCAACAAGUAUGUGUUCUGGGGUCAUUUGGAAUCAGAUAACCAGCUCAUAACUCAGCGGAGAAGGGAACAAGAGCUGCAGAUCAUCGCUGAGGACUGUAAUUCUGAGAAAAAGAAAGCAGGACAUCAGGACAAGAAUGUGAUCAAUGAGGUGCACAAAACCCAUGAAUCAAUUCAGAAAUUGGACAAGUCAAUCUCAAUGCUCCAGAUGGAGUUGUCUGCAUCUAGGAGAGCUCUGGCGAGAGGAAGAAUGAAUGUGUCUUCGGUAAUGUCUAAUGAGGGGACACCCAGGAAGAAGGCAUUUAUGGUCAUUGGUAUUAAUACAGCUUUUAGUAGUAGGAAAAGGCGUGAUUCAGUAAGAGAGACUUGGAUGCCUCAAGGUGAACAGCUUCGGAGAUUGGAGGAAGAGAAGGGGAUUGUUGUGAGAUUCAUGAUUGGACAUAGUGCCACAUCUAACAGCAUAUUGGAUAGAGCUCUCGACUCGGAAGAAUCUCAACACAAGGACUUUCUCAGGCUGGAUCAUAUUGAAGGAUAUCAUGAACUAUCAGCAAAAACAAAAAUUUUCUUCUCGACUGCUGUUGCCAAGUGGGAUGCUGAUUUUUAUGUAAAGGUUGAUGAUGAUGUUCAUGUUAAUUUGGGUGCUUUAGCUGCAAAUCUUGCCCGCCAUCGAUCAAAACCCAGAGUUUACAUUGGCUGCAUGAAAUCUGGACCAGUUCUUGCCCAGAAGAAUGUUAAAUACCAUGAACCAGAAUACUGGAAAUUUGGAGAAGAUGGAAAUAAUUAUUUCCGGCAUGCAACUGGACAGAUUUAUGCCAUUUCCAAGGAUCUAGCCUCCUACAUAUCAAUCAACCAGCCCAUACUGCACAAGUAUGCUAAUGAAGAUGUGUCACUUGGUUCUUGGUUUAUCGGUCUUGAAAUUGAGCACAUUGAUGAUCGCAACAUGUGCUGCAGUACUCCACCAGAUUGCGAAUGGAAAGCACAGGCGGGCAGUAUGUGUGUCGCCUCGUUUGACUGGAGUUGCAGCGGAAUCUGCAAAUCAGUAGAGAAGAUGAAAUUUGUACACCAACGGUGUGGUGAAGGAGAGGAGGCUCUUUGGAAUGCUUUAUUGUAAUUCAAACUUGUUUGCAUCGAAAGGAAUGCAACUGCAGCCUGUUAAAAAAUGAAGAUCCUUCGUUUUCAGUAACCAGAUGUUAAAAGCCUGUUCGUAUACUGCAGAUGAUGCAACUGAUGCCCGUUUCUACAUCGUUUAUCUUCAACACAUGCCUGUUAAUCGUUUCAAUAACUUUGAAGGUGCUCGAGUUUAGCAGACAGUAUACGGUGGUCGAAUUCGUUUCAGUUCAUUGUAGGGUGAAUUCAUGUACAAAUUCUUAGCUGAAAGUGAUUUUGGAGCGAAAGCUUCAUUGGUAGCUUACUUCUUUGCAUAUUGUAAUUAUUACUAUUAUCCCACCAUCAUCAUUCUCUACAACUGUUUUUUGCUAAGUAUUUUUAGAACAUGUUAUAACCUGUUUUGAGGAUCUUAUAAGCUUAACCAAAUAUCCUUUUA